CUAACGAAUUGUGGUUAUACUAUGACUUAAAAAGUUUUUAUUUAUUUUUAUCAAAUUAUUGUGCAAUUCAAACUAUUUUGAUUCAAUUACACGUAUUAUUUAUUUUUUAACUUUAGAUUCACGACCUUUGUUUUGUUAAAUAUUUGUUUAAUCAGAAGAAUUUAUGGAGAAUAAUGAACGGUCAAGCAUGGAGGAAGGUAGCACGAAGUCAUAUCUGCAGUUUCAGAUCGAGAGAUUGAAAGCUCUGCAGGCGAAGCUUUCCACUGAAGAGGAGGACGACUUCGCCAUCGUCAAGGAAGAAAAAAGCGGCUAUGACAGCGAGACGAGCGAAUAUUCAGAGGACUCGACGGCGGCUUACGAGGAUGUGCAGACUUCAACCAAAAGCACUGGGUCGAGGAAGAAUAUCAACAGGGGAAGGUGGAGUAAAGAGGAGGACAAGAAACUAAAAGCAUAUGUUAGGACUUACAAAGAGAAUUGGGAGCGCAUAGCGGCCGAGUUUCCUGACCGUUCCGACGUUCAGUGCCUUCAAAGAUGGACGAAAGUCGUCAACCCUGAACUAGUCAAAGGCCCUUGGACCAAAGAGGAAGACGAGAAAGUCGUUGAGCUGGUCGCGAAAUACGGACCGAAGAAAUGGACUUUGAUAGCCCGACAUCUCAAAGGGAGGAUAGGGAAGCAGUGCAGAGAGAGAUGGCACAAUCAUCUGAACCCCUGUAUAAAGAAGACUGCGUGGACGGAACACGAGGACAGAGUGAUAUAUCAGGCCCACCAGCAGCUCGGGAACCAGUGGGCGAAGAUCGCCAAGCUGUUGCCGGGACGAACGGACAACGCAAUAAAGAAUCACUGGAAUUCGACGAUGCGUCGUAAAUACGACAUGGACUUGUUGGACACGCACGAAAGGCGGAAGGGUAAGGCGAAGGCUCGGUUCAGCGACGGAGCCCCGGCCGCCGCCCCGGCGGACGAGCGCGUCCAGGUCUCCUACAUCGACCAAACCUGGUCGGACCCGUUCAACGAGUCAACCCAGAGCAACGCGUCCAGUACGAGCCAGCCCUCGAAGCAGAUGCUCCACUUCCGCCAGGUGCUGAAGAACCAGCUGACGAACCUGCAGCAGCAGCCUCGUCCGGAGUCCCCGGGCCGCGCCGGGCUCGUGGCCGCCGACGCAGAGAUCGUUGAUUCUCCCUUCAAGUUCGUGAACAUCGAGAACCUGCCGACGGACUCGCCGCUCAAGGGCUACCUGAGCCAAGCCCCCGCGACGGCCGACCCUGGCGGAGACUCCAUGUCCUUCUCGAUGCACCAGAAGGAGCUGCAGGAGAUAGUGGUGCCGGAAGUGUACACGUCGCCGGGCCGGAAGCUGCCGGACGCGAACUCCCCGCCCCCCAUCCUGAGGCGGAAGAACAAGAAGCAGAUGACGCCUAACCCCAACAACUGGAUGGAGUCGAUGAGCAAGCUUUCUGAGUUCGGCGCCACCCCGCUGAAGGCGCUGCCGUUCUCCCCCUCGCAGUUCCUCAACUCCCCCCUNAACUGGAUGGAGUCGAUGAGCAAGCUUUCUGAGUUCGGCGCCACCCCGCUGAAGGCGCUGCCGUUCUCCCCCUCGCAGUUCCUCAACUCCCCCCUGGCGCUGCACGCGGCGGACUCCACCCCGCUUCGGGACGCGCAUGCCAAGGAGUGGAGCUCGAGCCCGCUGCUGCACACGCCGACGCCGGCCAACAACAUCACCCCGGUGCACGUCAACAGGUUCAAGACCAACACUCCCAAAACGCCGACCCCGUUCAAGAUCGCGAUGGCGGAAAUAGGCAAGAAGUCCGGUCUGAAGUACGAGCCGUCCAGCCCCGGACUCCUGGUGGAGGACAUCACGGAGAUGAUCCAGCGGGAGGAGAAGUCGGACAGCACCGUGCAGCUCAGCGACUCCCUGCUCUCCUGCGCCGCCGAGCACGAGGGGGGCGCCCAGGGUAACGACUCCGGCAUCGGCAGCCUGAAGCGGCACAGCCUGGACGGGCGGGCCGACGGCAAGGAGAACCUGGCCGCCACGCACAAGCGCGCACGGAAGGCGCUGGCCGCCUCCUGGGGCGCCGCCACCAGCACGCCCAGACACGACGCGCUCGAGACGCCCAGUAAGACCCUGGUCGGAGACAGCUCGGUGCUGUUCUCGCCGCCGUCUAUCGUCAAGCACUCCUUGCUGGAAGAAUCCACCAGCCUGCACAGCUACAUGAGCGCGGACAGCACCCCCGACGCGCAACUGGACAUCGAGUCCGUCAUCAGCGAGACGACCAAGGUACGGCACGGGUCUGUCCCUACUAAUCCCCCGCCCGACCCCCCGGAGCCCUUAGCGUGCCAGUACCAGCCCUUCAGGGACGUCACUAACUCGGCCCCCUCCCGCACAUUCGCGCGACUAGAUGCUGAGAGACUGCGCGCCAUAGCCGGGCCGCCCCCCCUCGCGCCUAGAGACGCACUAGCCCACGCGCUGGCCGACCACAUAUACAGGGUGACCAGCCAGCGACCCUGCGCCACCAGGAUCGACGACAUCCUCGCCAACAAGGCACCGCGAACCGACCGCGACACCUGGUGGGCGGCCCCCCGCGACACAGGGCAGGGGGACACGCUCGACACCUACUACGCGUUCGACGAUAUGUAGCCCACCCCCUGCCGAUCGAAUCGAAAUAAUAAUGUAUUCGGAUCGAUGUUUCGAGAAUUUGGGAUCAACACUAGAGUCUAGUGUUGUGAAACAGCGGGUCGGCUCUGCCCCUGGCAUUGCUGAAGUCCACGGGCGACGGUAACCACUCAUGACCAGGUGGGCCGUACGCUGGUCUGCCUACAAGGGCAAUAAAAAGAAAAAAUGUAGGACUUCUUAAGCGGUACAGUCGUGGCUCGUAGGAUACGUCUCUCGGUAGAGUUUAGUAGCUUUAGUAGCUUUUAGUCUCUUCGACUCCGAAGUCAGUAAAUACUAAAAUAGUUACUCUGAAAUUUCUUAGAAAUUAGUUGAGCAAAAAUGACUCCCUCGCGUUUAUACUGAACCUAUCUUGAGCAUGCGAAUACUAUUUUGGAAUGCCCGUAUGUAUAUAAGUGUCUAGUGAACAUGAGCUCUGAUUGCAUGCUGCAUUAGGUUGCAAUUCAAUAAUCAUUGUUUUAUUCGAGAAAUAAUUGAAAAUCAAUAUAUACAACAGACUACUUGAGAAAGUAAUCCACAUAAUUUUUUAUUUUUAUUUAUUCUAAUAAUUGUGAUAGUUUCAUUAGUUUAAAUAAGUCAAAUAAGGUUGUGAUCGUACAAUUUGUAAGAGCUGUAUCAUUUAUCACUCGUUGUGAUUAACCUAUGACGUUACGUGAGUUAAUAAAAAUGCGGGUUAAAAUAAAUAAUAACAGAUACAAAGACCGAAUCCAAAGGCCGUAAAAAAAUGACUAAAACUUCGUCUUGUAAAUAUCAAAUGU